ACGUACGACUCUGCUGGAACUACAACAAGGAAGUGAACGUCCAGUAAUUGCUACCAGAAGAAGACGAGGCGAAACAACGCUCCUCGAACCGGGUGUCGCUUCGCUCGGUUGUCGGCUACCGGCGAGGAAGCAACGACGGCGGCUUCCGCGGCGUGGCGUGGGGGGUGUCCCUGGUGGUCACCGCGGACCAGCGUCUCUUCGUCUCAGGGGUUUCUAGCCAGGCAGCCAGCUAGCUUACUAGCUAGCUAGCGAUGAACACGGACGUGGAAUUCCACAUCAGGCAGAAUUAUCCUUGGAAUAAACUGCCGGUUAAUGUCAAACAGAGUUUGGGCAACUCUCAGCGCGAAUAUGAGAAACAUGUCCUCCUCUACAGCAUCCGCAACCAGCUACGAUUCCGCAAUAACUUAGUGCGUCACGUUCGUAAGGACGAGCGCAAGUACUACGAGGAGCUGCUGAAGUACAGCCGCGAGCACCUGAUGUUGUACCCGUACCAUCUGUCUGACAUCAUGGUCAAGGGGUUACGCGUCACGCCAUUUUCCUACUACAUCGGAAUCAUGGAGGAUAUCAUGAACAGCGAGAAAAGUUACGACUCCUUGCCCAACUUCACCGCUGCUGACUGUCUGCGGCUGCUUGGAAUCGGGAGAAACCAGUACAUUGAUCUGAUGAACCAGUGCCGCUCCUCGAAAAAAUUCUUCCGCCGAAAAUCUGCGCGUGAUCUUCUACCGUCCAAACCGGUGGAGAUCUCGGUGGAACCGUGGUGGGUGGCCCAAACGGGUUACAUCACCGAGGACGACAUCCGGAUUUGUUCUUCAGCAGAGAAGAAAGCCAUUGAUAAGAUGAUUGAUUCCGGGCCUCAGCUGGCUGGGUCAAUGGAGUACAACGUGGUGCUAAGUUUGUACAACCGGGGCUUCAUUUAUUUGGACGUUCCCAUAUCGGAUGACAGCUGCAUCUCAGUGCCCCCGCUGGAGGGUUUUGUAAUGAACCGCGUCCAGGGUGACUAUUUCGAGACCUUGCUGUACAAAAUUUUCGUGUCCAUUGACGAACAAACUAACGUCGCCGAAUUGGCUAACGUGUUGGAGAUAGACUUGGAUUUAGUGAAGAAUGCCGUGUCCAUGUACUGCCGACUGGGUUUCGCGGUGAAGAAAGGUCAGGUGAUCAGUUCUGAUCAACUUCACCCGACAUGGAAGAACGCGCCAUCCCUCAACAGGCUCAAGAGCACCAUGGACCCUCAGAAGAUGCUGCUGUCCUGGGAGCAGGGCAGCCCCGUCAUGGAGGGAGGAUCUUCAGCCACCGACACGGACACCACCAGUCUGGAAGACCAAGCCGAGACGGGCAGCGUCAGCAGCCUGAGCAUCCCGGCGGCUCCCACCAAGAGGAUUGCCUUCCUGUUUGACUCGACGUUGACGGCCUUUCUCAUGAUGGGAAACCUGUCGCCAAACCUCAAGAGUCACGCCGUCACCAUGUUCGAGGUUGGGAAGCUAUCCGACGAGACGCUGGACAGUUUUCUGGCUGAGCUAGAGAAGGUGGAAAGUACAGCAGAGGGCGAGGCUCAACGCUACUUUGACCACGCGCUAACGUUGAAGAACACCAUCCUCUUUCUGCGCUACAACAAGGAACUCACUCAGGAUCAGGGACCUGAUAUCCCAAAUAUAGGUUUCCCCCUGGAUAUGCUGCGCUGCGAGAGCCUCCUGGGCCUGGACCAGGCCACCUGCAGCCGCGUGCUCAACAAGAACUACAAGCUUCUGGUCUCCAUGGCGCCGCUCAGCAAUGAGAUCAGACCCAUUAGUAGCUGCACACCUCAGCACAUCGGGCCCGCCAUCCCCGAGGUAAGCUCCAUCUGGUUCAAGCUCUACUUGUACCACGUGACCGGUCAGGGCCCACCCUCGCUGCUGCUCUCCAAAGGCUCCAGGCUGCGCAAGCUGCCCGAAAUCUUCCAGGUCUACGACAGGUUGCUGAUCACUUCGUGGGGCCACGAUCCGGGCGUGGUGUCCACAUCCAACGUGCUAGCCAUGCUAAACGACGCGCUCACGCACUCUGCCGUUCUCAUCCAGGGCCACGGAAUGCACGGUCACGGCGAAACGGUUCACAUCCCGUUCCCUUUUGAUGAGGAGGACCUGAAGGGAGAGUUCUCCUACUCUAACAUGUGCGUGCACAAGGCGCUACGCAAGCUACGCGAGCACAUGGAUUUGGAGCAUCAAUGUGGCUACAUCACAAUGCUCAACGCCAACAACAGGCACAGACGCCGGCCUAGCGACACCCUAGAGUGCAGGGGUGACACCCAUCUGGGAGCGGGCCCGGACACCAACGGCAGUACAGAGUCCUUCGAAUUGGUGUCUGAGGAGAACGGCGGCGAUGGUAAAGUGAAGGCAGAUGCGCUGUCGUGCGAAGACGAGUGGGUUCCGCUGGAGCUGUGCUUCGGCAUGCCGCUCUUCAGCUCCGAGCUCAACCGCAAAGUGUGCCGCAAGAUUGCUGCGCACAAACUAUGCGGUAGCGACAGCUUACAAGAACUGCUCCACUCCAGCAGAAAGCUUUCCCUCAAGGUCCUGAGUUUCGUCCAGUCAUUCCAGGACGGCGGCACACCUUGCGAGCCCGACAGCGGAGUGACCAAUCCUCUCAGUCAACCGCCAGCAGAAUCGGGCGUCCCUCUUCCGGCCCUCAACCUCCUUUACAAAGACGGGCAGCUGCGGGAGUGGAGCGGGCGGGCCCCUCCCCCUCUGGACAUCACAGCCUUGCAGUCUAAUCAGUCCACGUAGAAUUUAAACUCAUUCCCUGCCAUUGACGGCGGUGGACGUCCAAACCAUUUUGACCCGAGUCAAUCAAAAGCGUCAUCAAUCGCAGCCGGAGAGGUAAGGAACUAUGUAGGAGAUGGAUUUAAGCGAUACAAAGGUAGAUCUUAGCUGCUAUCGAUCUCAAAUUGUAGACAAAAAAUUAAGUAAUUGUAAAUUAAUUUACAGACCGAUCUCAGAUUGAUCGUAGAUGAAACUCUUAUUGGGCGUAUUUUAAUCUCAGAUCGUUUUAAGAUUCAUAUCAAACCGUUGUAUAUUAAUCUCAGGCUUGGAAGUCCAUCGAUCUCAGAAGGUUUGCAGAUUAAUAUCGGAUCUGUUUGAGAUUGAUCUCUGAGCAGAAUGAUCCAAAACCGAUAUGGGAUUAAUUCGCGUUCGCCUAUCUUAAUCUCAGAUCGGUCGUGGAUUGGUCUCAGAUUGAGGUGGGAAAUAAUCACAGAUAGGAUGUGUGUUAAUCUCAGAAUGGCCGUGCAUUAAUCUCUGCUCAAUUGUGUUUUAAUCCUAGACCGAUCGUGGAUUAAUCUCGAUUCUGUUGCAUGUUAAAAUCAGAUUGGUCAUAGUUUAAUCUCAGUUUGGUUUGUAGUCUCAGAUCGGUCAUAGAUUAAUCUCAAUCCUGUUGUAGAAUUAUUUUAGAUUGGUCAUAGAAUAGUUUGGUUUGUAAUCUCAGAUUGGUCAUGGAUUGGCCUCAGAUUGAGGUGAGAAGUAAUCAGAGAUAGCCUGUGUGUUAAUCUAAGAUUUGACGUGCGUUAAUCUCUGGUCAAUUGUGGGAUAAUACCAGAUCGGUCGUGGAUUAAUCUCGAUUCUGUUGCAUGUUUAUAUUAGAUUGGGCAUACAUUAAUCUCAGUUCGGUUUGUAAUCUCCGAUCGGUCAUGGAAUAAUCUCAAUUCUGUUGUAGAUUUAUUUCAGAUUUGUCCUAGAUUAAUCUCUGUAUGGUUUUCAAUCUCAGAUUUUUCAUACAUUGGUCUCAGAUUGAGGUGAGAAAUAAUCAGAGAUUGCCUGUAUGUUAAUCUCAGAUUUGACGUGCAUUAAUCUCUGGUCAAUUGUGGGGUAAUACCAGAUUGGUCGUUGAUUAAUCUCGAUUCUAUUGCAUGUUUAUAUCAGAUUGGUCAUUGAUUAAUCUCAGUUCAGUUUGUAAUCUCAGAUCGGUCAUGGAUUAAUCUCAAUUCUGUUGUAGAUUUCUAUCAGAUUGGUCGUAGAUUAAUCUCUGUUUGGUUUGUAAUCUCAGAUCGGUCAUGGAUUGGUCUCAGAUUUAGGGGAGAAAUAAUCAGAGAAAGGCUGCGUGUUAAUCUCAGCUCGGCCGUGCAGUAAUCUGAUCAAUUGUAGGGUUAUCUCAGUAAUGGAUUAAUCUCAAUUCUGAUUUAGAUUUACAUCAGAUUGGUCAUAGAUUAAUCUGCUCAGUUUGGGGGAAAUAUGUGAUUAAUCUCAAAAUAGUAUGCGAUGAAUCUCUGAUCUGACGGAUCCAGAAUAAAUGUUGCAAUUUGGCUCGCUGCGUGGCGGAACGCCGAGGGGUUUGCGGCCUGGUGCCGUUUAGGCCGUAAAUGUUGCGCGUCCUGCUUUGCGGGCGCAAGACGCCCUCGAGUUCCAAAGCCUGGAGGGCCGCCGUUCGUUCACUGAUGUCCCUCCCGGUUCAAACUGAUUGGACGUCUAUCGCCGUCAAUGGCGCUAAAGCACUAGCACCCCCGCCAGUCGAUGUGUAGUAGUGCCCCCCUUCAUGUGGUAUCGGUGUUACAAAAGUCAACCCCUCCAAAAACCGAGUCUCGUCUCAUGUUUAGUGAUCCAAUGCAUGAAAAUCCUUUCCUUUGACGGAAAGGCGUUAAUUAUUUGCACUGUGCAGGAUUUACUGUGGAUCAAAAGUGGUUUCUUUUCAUUCUUUUCUCAUCUUGAGAGCACCAAAGACAUUUUUUAAUUUCAUUUUUACUUAUUUUGCCUUAUCGCCAAGCCACAUUCCUGAAACAAGCAAGAACUCAGUGUUCAUGUCAUGUUCAGUUUCUAUCAACAGCAUUAUUUUCUGUUACGUUUUGGAACGAUUUAACUUUUGUUUCGUUUUGAGAAACGAGUUUAAAAAAAAAAAAAAAAAAAAAAAAAAGGUCUCGUUCAAGCAUGACGACUGUAAUUUUUUUGUGCGCGCGGGGGUGUCGUUCACCUUUCAACAAGAAAAAAUUAAAGCUCCCCCUGCAAUACUAUCACAGACGCCCAAUUGUGUUUACAAACGUGUUAGUUUUCUAUAUCAAACUCUUUUAGGACAUCUUUGUUGUAGCUCGUUUAAAUGGUUGAAUAAUGAUGAUGAUGAUUAAAAUAUAAGAAUGACAUUCCUUCUGCAUUCUUCAUGUUGUAUUCUGAAUAAAUAUGUAAAAAAACAAAAAAGUAUAUGAAGAUAUAAAUAAAAAAGGAAGAAGCGUUUUUCGCCAUGACUGCCUUUUGUUGUUAUUUCCGAAUGUGCAUUUUGGAGUAAAUGUGAUGUCAC